AUGCCUCCUCUGAGUGCCGAAGUGGACGUGUUCCGCGUUCCGCAUUAUCGAAUGAAAUCCUUGGUGAACCGUUCCCUGCGUCGCUACGCCGAAGCCGACUUCACGGACAAUCUCGUGCCCAACUCGUUGCUCGUCCACCUGCGUCGACUGCUCGAAGACAUCCGCACCCACGAGUCCAUUGAAGAGUCGCUCAUCAUGAAGCAGCUCGUGGAACGCGUCGGAGGACUUCCUGGCCCUCGUCCGGACUGCUGGGCCAAACUCAACGACCACACGUGCGUCAUGCCCAAGAUCGUCGACCUCGUUGCGGAGAUCACACUCGCCCUCGCAUCCACGUCACGAAAGGUUGAUGCCAAGGCUGUGGUCGGUGCCACGUAUUACCUGGUGCAUUCCGUUUACUUGGAGCACAUUGUUGAAGAAGAGGGCUUGAUCAUGUCGCUUUUGCUGGACUACUUCAACCCGGAGGAGCUGGUGCAACUGAAGAGGGUUGUGGUGAAUGAACACGCUAGGUCUAUGAUUGGCUUCUCCACGGCAUGUUGCGAAUAUGGUUCGGGAUGUGUUGGUAAUGAGAUCAGCUUUGACCUGGACAUGAGAUCCGCUGGUGGAUUGCCGUUUGAGAGUUGCGAGGAGGCCUGGGCGUGUCUGGAAGCUGCUGUUGGUGACCUAAGGCCAGAGGACUUGAAGCCCAAGAUCACUGUUAUUUCGUGUCAGGUUAGUUGA